CCCUCCCCCUUUCUACUCGCCGCCGGUGUGGGGAUCUCAGCAUAUGAUGUCGCCCUAUGGAACCCCGAUCCCGUAUUCGCCUAUGUAUCAUCCGAUGUAUGCUCAUCCCUCUGUUGCGACUGGUGCAGGGUACCCGGCGGUGGAAUCGGGGAGCAACAAGUCGAAGGGAGGAGGAGGAAGUGGGCCGGGGAAGUCUGGGGAUGGGGGUAAGGUUACGUCGGGGUCUGCUGAUGAUUAUGGGUCUCAGAGUGGUGGUGAGAGUGGGAGCGAGGGCUCAUCGGAUACCAGAGAUAAUGGCUCUCAUCCUCAGGAUGCAGCUCGAAAGAGAACUUGUGGGGAAGCAUUUACUGAGGGGGAAUCUUCACAGCCCAUUACUACUCCUCAGAACUGUGACAUUACUGCUGAAUCACCUUACAGUGGAAGGCCAAGAACUGUGUCAAAGCUUCCAGUUUCAGCACCUGGGAGGGCAACUAUACCUGGUCCUGCAACUAAUUUGAACAUUGGAAUGGAUGUAUGGAAUGCUUCCCAUGCUGGAACUGCACCUAAGGUCAGACCAACGUCAGCAAAUGUGGGAUCAGCAACUGUUGGAGCUAAUGGAGUUGUGACUGAACACAAUUGGACACAGGAUGAGCGAGAACUAAAGAGAGAACGAAGGAAACAAUCUAAUAGGGAGUCAGCAAGGAGAUCAAGAUUGCGCAAGCAGCAAGAAUGCGAGGACCUGGCAAGGAAGGUGACUGAAUUGAACAGUGAGAAUAGUGCACUGAAAGCUGAGCUUGAACAACUUAACAAAGGCUGCAAAGACCUUGAGGCAGAGAAUGCAUCAAUUACGGAAGAGCUGAAUCGCAUGGCUAAGACUGGCCUAUCAUCUAACUUUGAAGGCAUCAACUGCAACUCAUCGGAUACAGAUGCACAACGCCAAAGGCAAUUUUGAAUCAACUACCAGGUGAAUUUUUAGACUUGGUACUCAUCUUUAUCCAUAGAGGCUGGGAAAUAUUAACUGGUAGCAUGUGUCUCCCCAUUAAAUGGGUCUGUUAAGUUACUACUACCUCUUACAUACUCUGUAUAAUAUUUACAUAUAUCUGUAUGCUUCUAAGAGGUUGAACUUUUUGGUUUAGGUUUUUAGAUCCCUUGCAAAUCAUGCUGGGAACAGGCAUAUGAUGUUUGCACUAAUUUGUUAAAGCUAUAUACUUUAGGAGUUCUUUUUACUGAUUUCCCCACCUAAUUCUGAAGAGAUAAAAGCCAGUUAGUGUUUCUUA